AAGAAACAUCAUAUAAAAGUAGGAUGUGUUGAAUUUGUGUUGUAACCAACCAUCAUAUUAUGGUCUAGGAUAUUACAGUUACUUUUCACCAUAUCGUAAGAGUUGUGUUUGAACAUUUUCCUGAUAGAUUCGCUUAUAUAGAUGUAAAAUUCAUCGCUUUGGAAAAGAUCUAAAAAUCAAAAGUUGCUGCUGGAAAAAGUGUCGGGAGUUAGGUUAAAUUUAUCGAGUGACGUGAUAUGCACCUGACAUUCUUGAUGUAAUGCGAAAUAAACUUAAUGCUACCGCGUGUGCGGCCCUUUUGGAUAAAGUUAACUUCGGUGAUUCUCAUUUGUUACUCUCCUUAUCGGUGUUAGCACUGAUAAAUGUUAUGGUAAUAGUCGGCAAUUGUCUCGUUAUUGCUGCCGUAUAUAGUUCGUCGAAGUUACGUUCCGUAACUAAUUUCUUCAUAGUGUCGCUUGCUGUCGCCGAUUUGAUGGUGGGAAUUGGCGUUCUGCCGUUUUCUGCUACUUGGGAAGUUUUUAAGGUAUGGAUUUUUGGAGACGUCUGGUGUCAAAUUUGGCUUGCCGUUGACGUUUGGAUGUGCACGGCCUCUAUCUUAAAUCUGUGCGUUAUUUCUUUAGACCGUUACGUUGCGGUUACGAGACCGAUAACGUAUCCCAGCAUUAUGUCCCAGUCCAGGGCCAAGGGACUAAUCGGAGGAAUCUGGAUACUCAGUUUCGUAAUAUGUUUCCCACCUUUGGUAGGAUGGAAGGACAGGAAGCUUCCAGAUCCAAUAAUCGUGAAGUCACAACAAUCUAAUGAUAAUUUGACCGAAAAUCAUCAGCAAUUCAAUCAGGAUUACGAGGAAAAUCCUCAUUGCCCAUGGCAAUGUGAACUUACUAACGAAGCCGGCUAUGUGGUUUACUCUGCUUUGGGCUCCUUUUAUAUCCCGAUGUUCGUCAUGCUUUUCUUCUAUUGGAGGAUAUACAGAGCAGCAGUCAGAACAACCAGGGCGAUCAAUCAAGGUUUUAAGACCACUAAGGGUUCUAGAGGCAUUGGUAAUAGGUUCGAUGAACAAAGACUCACGUUGCGAAUCCACAGAGGGCGAGGUUCUUCAGGAAAAAGAGCCUACGGAUCUCCACACAGUAACGGAAGUAAUAGUACAACAACAACUGGCAGCACUAGCGCAAGUCCAAGUCCUUCGGCUAAAUGUCGUAAAGAAAAGGUCCAGAUAAACGUGAGUCACCCGUCCACUGAGAAUUUGACACCAGUAUUACUUGCCGUAACUCCUACUUCUCCUUCGACUCAACCUUCUUUUGCUGUACAUUACACAGCAAACGGUAAGGAUUCCACAGCAAGUACCUUAAGUAGAACUAAUGCUGGCCAAGAGACUUUUCUCAGAGUCAACAGACUUGGUUCAUAUCGUCGGCCGUCGUCCAGAAGAUCGAGUAGUUGCGAUAGUACUUGCGAACGAGCUUCAAGUCCUAGUCCUAGCGGUUGCGAAGAGGGAAGCGUCAAAAGAGCCAUGUCGAAAAGAAUGGGAAAAAGAAACGUUAAAAUUCAAGUGAAGCGGUUUCGUAUGGAAACCAAAGCAGCAAAAACGCUAGCCAUCAUUGUAGGCGGAUUCAUUUGUUGCUGGUUGCCUUUCUUCACCAUGUACCUUGUACGAGCCUUCUGUCACGAUUGCAUACACCCCAUACUAUUUUCUACUCUCUUCUGGCUGGGAUAUUGCAACAGUGCCAUAAACCCCCUCAUCUAUGCUCUAUUUUCCAAAGAUUUUAGAUUUGCUUUCAAGAGAAUCAUCUGCAAAUGUUUUUGUACAAAGCGUCAACGAGGCUCCAGAAGAGGCUCGGAUGGAUCACAGCUUCAAGGCAAAAAUUUAAAGUCCACUAGUUAUAAUAUACAGGCUCAAACAAAUUCGAUAGGUGACGACAGCGACCCUGGAGGAGAUAUCACAGACUACAGGUGACGUACUGCCAAAAAGGGAAUAAGUAAGAUGCACACUGAAAAGGAGUCCGUUCUGAAAGUCGCCAUAUGCGUAAUGGUUGGCUGACAAAGUGAAAAUUUUGAUACGGGAAACACUUUGGUAUAGAUUUUAUGUCUGACUUUCCAAACGAGUGUUUGAAAUUGAAAAAUGUAUAUUGAAUUGUAUAUAUUUUCGAAAAUAUUGUAAUUAAAAUAACAUAAAUAAAGUAAUUGUGACUUAACUUAAGUUCAUGUAUGUAAUUUAAAAAAAAAAUAUGACUAUAAUAAUUAUAGACUGUUCAAAUCGUUAAUAAAUUAG